AGAACUGAAUAUCCAUGGGUUGGUAGUGCAGCCGCUUGGUGCUUUGAUUUUCGGUUCGAACCGCUUUUGCCGAAAAAUGACGUCACCCCGGUGUGAAGAGAGAACAAAGGACGUCCCUUGUUUAUUGUUCUUGUAUGGCACACAUAAAACCCUCGCGCCAGAGUCCAUAAUGCCUUCCACCUUUUUCUCUUUCUCUUCCUUCCAGCCUGGUGCUUUUUCUCCACGAUGUUCUCCUCCGUUCUUUUCGCUACUUCUUUCUUCCUCUCUGUACACGCGGCACCCACAGCCUCCCUCAAUGCUUCUGCCCUCCUCGCGAACGGCCAAGCUGCCCAGUCCCAGAACGUCGCGUUCCAGAACCUCAGCGUCAACGAUACGUGCUCCACCGGCGAAGUAGCGUGUAUAUCUAGCGACGUGGCGCAAUGCGGGGACAACAGCCAAUGGACGACGUCCCCUUGUUCGGGCUCGGCGCAGUGUUUUGUGCUCCCGUCCGUGAGGGAGAACGGGACUUUCAUACAGUGCGCGAGCGAGAUAGACGCCGCAUCCAUCAUCAAUGCCACGGGCACUACUGGGGGCAUCUUUGGCACCGACACUGACACGUCCAAUUCUACGACCAGCAGUACCAAUUCCACGACCAGCAGUGCCAACUCCACGGAUACCACGUCUGGCACCGACAGCGGGAGCGGGAUCGUCACCGUGACCAUCACACUCACUCCCACCGCGACGGUGUUCGUGAGCACCGAGGUACCCGUCACAACGACGCUGUCCCCUGACGAGGCCUCGAGUCUCCUGGCGAGCUUGACGGGCAUGGGCGCGUCUGUUGUUACAGAUGUUAGUGCCACUGAUGCAGAGGUUGCAGAGUCCUCCUCUGCAGCUACGACGAUCUCUCUCGUUCCUGCCUCAGCUGCCACCUCAUCAUCAUAGAGACUUAUGAAUGUCAUGGAUGUAUAGUAACUGGUUUACUACGAGGAGUAUACUGUACUGUAUUGUAGGUUUAAUAGGAGAGGCAUUCAGACUGGACUAUACCCGGACCUCGCAUCCAAACCAACCAAUUAUUGCCGACUGGAAAAACAACUCAGCGCAACGACAUGCAUGCCCCCACGAUAAGCAAGUGCACUAUCGAUGGAUCCGCGUAAACGUCCAGGAGGAACGUUCCACUUGAACACCACUCCUGCUCCGAUUUCUGGCACGUUUACUCCCCUCUGAGGAUCCAGAUGACGAGGCGCACUAUCCAGCCCAAACAGUUCGUCCUGAACCAUAGGGAAAAAAGCGUAAUGUCUGCCGCAAGAGUCGAUUCUAGACGGGAGAGAAAC